UAAAGAAGGCAGUCUUACUAUACGAAUAUAUGAUGUCCCCCGACUCUCUUUCAGACGAGUUGGCCACUCCAAGACCCAUUUGUGCGGUUCAUUUUGUCUCCAACUGUUUUUUCUUUCCGGCAUUCUUCCGAACACCUUUUUCUCCUCCACCAUCUUCCCGACCUUGGAAUUCGAAGCACAACCACUUGUCUGAAGUUCCUGAUCUUAUCCGGGUCCUACGCACGUCCCUUGUCUUAACAGCUGAUCGAUGUUUCAGAACAUUUUCUUCUGCUGCUGCUGGUAAUCCUGUAUUUCAGAAACUCCUCUCCUUAUCUGCCGAUUUCCGCCACUUCUCCCAGGUUAAUUGUAGAAACUACAGGAAUUCACACUCCCUGUCCAUGCACAAGUUUGCUGCCAUUUUACCUGGUGAUUCAGUUGCAGAGAUUGUAGCAACUAAUGGUAUCCUGAACUUCUUGAACAUCUAUAAUUCACUGCUAGUUGUCAGGCUUGUUUUGACCUGGUUUCCCAACUCUCCUCCAGCCAUUGUUAGCCCACUUAGCACUUUGUGUGAUCCUUACUUGAACAUCUUCCGGGGGAUUAUCCCACCUCUUGGAGGGACGUUGGAUCUGUCUCCAAUACUAGCAUUUCUGGUCCUGAAUGCCUUUACCAGCGCUGCAGCAGCUCUUCCUGCUGAAUUACCCAUUAGACAAGAAUCUCAAGAAGGUGUUUCUUCCUCAAACCCAAGGUUUUCCAAUUUUGCUACAACACAGAAGAAGUGGAUGAAAAGGUGCGCAGCAACACCUCGAUGAGCUCUGUGGACCUCAACUUGGCUGUUUGAGUUUUCAAAGUUGGAGAUUUCUUUAUUAAUCAUCUUGUUUAUGAAUCCCACCUCUUCUGGAGAUUAAAAAAAGGUACAGAUUCCUUGUGUAUUCUUUUAAAUCUUCAAA